GUUUGACAGUUCACAGCCAAUUGGACGCCGUGUUGUGUUUAGAUUUUUGAGCCUGCGGAGAAGCUAAAAACAAGGCAGCACAGCAAAUAGCGAAUUUACAGUACAAAAGCGGCGGAUUUCGUGCGCCCAUCAUGGCACAAAACAAAACCGACCUGCUGGCGGUGUUGGCCGUGGUGAAGAAGUACAAUCUCAAGAGCACCGAGGAGCUGCUGAAGAAGGAGGCCGGCCUGACCGACAUCCCAGAAAAUGUGGCCGGCGAGGCGGAAGUGAACAGUGUGCUGGCGGCGUACAAAAGCGAGGGCGACCCGGACAUUUACGAAAACUCCUACAUGGAGUUGCGCCGGUUCGUGGAGGAGUCGCUCGACAUCUACAAGCACGAGCUGGCCCUCAUCCUCUACCCGGUGCUGGUGCACAUGUACAUCGAGCUGGUGUACAACAGCCACGAGGUGCAGGCGAAGAAGCUGAUCACCAAGUUUGGGCCGGAGCAGGAGUACUACUACCAGGACGAGCUGGCCAAGCUCGCGAUGGUGACGAAGCGGGACGAGAUGAGCGGGAACGACAUUACGGACACGUUCAAAUCGAACGCCUUCACGAUACGUAUCUCGCGCGACACGCUGUCGCUGCUGAAGCGUCACCUGCACGAGAAGAAAGCGUCCGUCAUACUGAACAUCGUGAACGAGCACAUGUACUUCGACCUGUACGAGGGGGUGGCCCGCAACAAGGCACAGUGCGACGCAACGAGCGGUGCAAUGACGGGAGAGGCGAAACGGCAAGAUAACAAGAUAAAGGUGUACUACGGGCUACUGAAGGAACCGGACGUACAGACGCUGGUGGCCGCCCCGCCAGAAGAGGACGACGAUAUGGAUCCGGACGCACCGGACAAACCGAAGAAAAAAAAGCCCAAAAAAGAUCCACUGUUUUCGAAAAAGUCCAAAUCCGACCCGAACGCACCGCCGCUCGAUCGCAUUCCGCUGCCGAAGCUGAAGGAUGUGGACAAGAUGGAGAAGAUAAAGGCACUGCGCGAGUCAACGAAGCGCGUCAAUCUGGGCCCAGACCUGCUGCCAUCGAUUUGUAUGUACACGCUGCUCAAUGCAAACCACACCGUCACAUGUGCCGAUUUCAGCGAAGAUUCCAGCCUGCUUUCCGUGGGCUUCGUCGACUCAUCCAUCAAGGUGUGGUCGAUGACGCCGAUGAAGCUACGCGAGAUGAAGAGCGCCGACCAGCUGAAGGAGAUCGACCGGGACGCGGAGGACGUGCUGAUCCGCAUGCUGGACGACCGGAAGGCGGAGUCGUGCCGCACGCUGCUCGGCCACAGCGGCCCCGUCUACCGCACCUCGUUCGCGCCGGACCGGACGAUGCUGCUGUCCUGCUCGGAGGACAGCACGGUGCGGCUCUGGUCGCUGCACACCUGGACGUGCGUGGUCGUGUACAAGGGCCACCAGUACCCGGUGUGGGACGUUCGCUUCUCGCCGCACGGCCACUACUUCGUGAGCUGCUCGCACGACCGAACCGCCCGGCUGUGGUCGACCGACUCGCACCAGCCGCUGCGCAUAUUCGCCGGCCACCUGUCCGAUGUGGACGUGUGCAUCUUUCACCCGAACAGCAACUACGUGGCGACCGGGUCGAGCGAUCGCACCGUGCGGCUGUGGGACGUUUGCGUCGGCAACCACCAUCGGCUGCUGACGGGCCACAAGGCACCGAUCUACUCGUUGGCGUUCUCCAUGUGCGGCCGCUAUCUGGCGUCCGGGUCGGCCGACAAGCGCGUGCUGAUAUGGGAUCUGGCGCACGGGCACCUGAUUGCGGCACUGACCGGGCAUACGGCCUCGAUACACUCGCUGUGCUUUAGCCGGGACGGGACGAUACUGGGCACCGGCGGGCUGGACUGUGCGCUGAAGCUGUGGGACUUUACGAAGCUGGUGGACGACAUCAGUGGGGAAAAUGUGAACGUGUCGCACAAUCCGGACGUGCGCGAUGGCGAACCGUACCUGUUGCGCACGUUCCCGACCAAACAGUCGCCCUUCCUGACGCUGCACUUUACGCGCCGGAACCUGCUGCUCGGGGUCGGCAUGUACGACCUUGGGAUGUGAGGAAAGGAUCAUCGGUAGAGGGGAGGGAAGGGGAGAGAAGAGUGAGACAUUCGCAUUUUAACGCAUUUUGUGCUUUUAGGGUUCAUUUUUUAUUGCAAUAAAUAGGCUAAUGUCAAACGUAAUUUAAAAAAUAAUGGCGGAGAUGGUCGCUGAUGACAAAUGAGUAGGAAUAGUUGAAUAGUUUAACUUUUGGCGGCACAGAAGGGGCUUGUUGUUACACUAUAAAGUCAAGGGCAAGCGUGCGCAGGCCAGCUCAAGGUUCACCUUUUCCCCUUCCCGGGAAAUUGUUUCCGCGGCGCAGUUUACCGUGGCGGCGCGUGAUUGACGUAGCUCGGGGCGUAGGCGUCCCGCGACCCUAUCCUUGUACGAAAAUAUUAUGAUCCUCCUCCCUUUAAGGAUCGCCACAUCAACACAUCUGUGCUCCGUUACAUCUGCAGCAAUUUGUACUUUAUUUCCUUCCUUCCUUUUUUUGUUGCAAAUUAAUCUUCUUUCCAUGUUUUUUGAUAUUUUAUUACGUCCGACACACACUACAGCAGCGGUGGGAGAAAAUGAUGAGGAAAAUCCCCCGCGCGUGUGUUAUACAGAGCUGGCUCAUACAUUUCCCAAAGAGAAACGGAGAAUAUGCUGCUCUUUACUCUCACACGCUCUUCUGGACCUCAAAGGGUGCUUCAAAUCUCUCUCCUGGCGUUUGUGUGUGUGUGUGUGCUGUCCCUCCUCGACGGUAGAGGAAAUAGUAGGCCUCGGAAUAUCCGAACGCGCCCCAGCAACGAUCCGCACUGGCGAGGUUCGUUCUCAGUCCCAGCUGAACCACCGUCACGGAAUAACCGUUUGCGCAGUGUUCUAAAGUUAACUCGCGUGAAGAAAGUAAACCAGUAGAGAAGAAGAGACAGAGACAGAGAGAGAUAGAGCGCGCGAACAAGUGAGAAGGGAUCGAGUGUUGAAUCCAUAGUGAAGUUGCUAAAGUUAAAAGUGUAAAAGGGAGAAUUACAACAUAAAUUCCAAAAGAAA